CUGCGAGCAGUAGCGAGCAACGGUCUCUUCUGACAACUGUAUCGACGAAUACAGUCUCUUAUCGGCGACGGCACGGAGCGACGGGUGUCGGUGCGCGUUCCAUGUUUCGGAAUGGACAAGAGCCCGCAUCCAGGGUGGCCCUAUAGCUGAUCGAGCUUAUCGUGCCUCGAAUGUCGUACGGAGGAGGUUUCCAAAGGAUCGCCCUGUGACGUCAGCACGCAGCCUUCAGCAUCCACGCGAUGAGCGGUAACGCUUCGCGACAACGAGCGCCGGCCUCGGCUGCCCUGGCUUCGGAGUUGGCCAGCGUGUUCGAGUGUCCCGUGUGCCUUGAUCCCGUCAUGCCGCCCAUCGCCCAAUGCAUGAACGGUCAUCUGCUGUGCUCCCCGUGUCGCAACAAGAUCAUCAAGUGUCCUCUGUGCAAGGAGAAGAUCAGCAGCGUCCGAGCGUCGGCCAUGGAGAAAGUGGCUGAAAAGCUUCCCUACCCGUGCAAGUACUCGAAUCAUGGCUGUACCGCUCUGCCAAUCCUGCUUGACAAACAGGAUCACGAGAAGACCUGCGAUUACAGGCCCUCUCCCUGCUUAUUCAUGGCGAAGGACUGCAAGUGGACUGGCCCUGUAAAAGAUAUGACGCCGCACAUCCGUGAAGCCCACCGCAGCUUGCCCAUAGUCCGUGGCCUGAAGGCGGAGUUCGUCGUCCACGACGGACAGAUACCGUGGAACAACGAGAGGAUGACGGUUCAGUCGUGCUUGGGGCAGCACUUCGCCACCGUCCUCGCGAUGCAGCACGUCGGCGGCUUCAAGCUGCUCCACGCGCUGGUGCUGAUCGCGAACACGCCGCAGGAGGCCCGGAACUUCACCUACCAGCUGGUGAUGAGGAAAGGCGACCGCACCCUCAAGUGGACGUCCGUGCCCACUUCCGUCCUGGACGGUGUCGAGGCCGGCAUGGCGCGAGGGGACGGCCUCGUCUUCGACGCGAGCAACUUCGCCGUCGAGCUGAGCGUCGCAGUCACCGUCAAGCGGUGUCCGUCGUCGACCGGGAAGCGGGAAGAGGACGGCGACGCCAGGGACAGCCCCUUUCGGAUGUUCGGUCCCCCGGGAAAGGGGUCCGGUGACGUCCGGGACGCAGAACGCAAGCCAACCGCCGGUAAUAAAGCAGACGAUGACGGCGACGACUUGCGGGACAGCUAUUUCAGGAUGUUCAAGCCUCGGGCCAACCAGUAUCCCUGACACGGGCGCGAAAGUUUAGCGCGUGCCAACGUUUUGCGUGUUCGAUGAUGCAGAGUUUUGGAGCGGAGAACUUCUCCGACUUUUAUUUUUGACGCUCACCUCCCGACUUUUGUUCGAGCUGAAUCUGGGUUCGAGCUAGUAGGUCGAUCAUUGAUAAACUGAAUGUGACCCCUGA